AGGAAAUCUUUUCUUUAGUCGAUUUCUAUUGAAGAACUAAACAAGAGGACAUCGCUAAGACAUAAGAGAAAAUACAUAACUUCUUUAAUUUUUAAAAAAUGUUAACGUGACUUUGUGAAUUUAGCAGUCUGUUCCUCUUUGUAUAUAAGAACGAAUCUCAAUCGAAUUAGCUGCCCAGAUUCAAGAAUAUGUGUACAGAAAUGCAGUUCACAGGAAUUUUUUUGCUUUUCGGCACAUUCAUGUGCCUGCCAACCCUCUACGCAUCUGUCCUGCCCUCGGGAGAGGAGAUGGAUUUUAUACAUGCAAAUGCUCAAACGCAAGCAAGAGCGUUUUCUAGCAUUCGACAACUAAAGGAUAUUUCGGACGUUGUCAACGAAGGUAAAAAAUUCUUGCAUAAUACACAAUCCAAGGAUGCUCUGAAAUCGAAGGUUCCAUUCAAAUGUGCUCUAGCUUUAACCCAUAGUAAUCUGACCAAAGAAAUAUUUAAACAGAUGGAUCGCAAUUUACAGGUAAAUAAUUUGUUGCACAUUCACUAAGGUAAGACGUCAGGU